AUGUCAGCGCUUGAUCAGUUUGUAAUGGAGGAUGUGGCUAAGCAUUGCCCCAACGAGUUCAUGCAGUACCACAAGUGCAUCUCGAUGAACCACGAGGACCCAUCGCAGUGCGACUUCCGGCAGCGGGACCUUGCCGUGUGCAUCAAGCAAAAGGUGCCAGUUGUGCAGGACAUCAUGAAGCACUGCUCGGCCCAGAUGCAGAGGUACGAGCAGUGCAUCAGAGACCACAUGGAGUCACGGACUAUCAACGAGAACUGCCUCGGCCUGAUGGCCGAGAUGCGGUCGUGCGCGGAGAGGCAGACUGCAGGCAAGGCACGGCCCAUCAAUGAGCUGGGCGGUAGAGGGGACGAGAGGGUGUAG